AUGGUAAAUUUUAAUGGAUAUAUAUUUUUUAAUCUGUAUAAAUUAAAAAAAAUUUCAUUACUGAGGUACUAUUUUAGAAACAAAAAGAUACUUUUUAAUAAUUUUCAAAAGUUUUUUUUUAUUUCUGUGAAUUCAUAUCUUAUAAAACAACUACUAUUUUCGAAAGGCAUCAACAUUUUUUAUUUAGAAGAAAAAAGAAAUGCAUAUUUAGAAAAAAAAUAUAGACCUGAUACCCCUUAUUUAAAAACAGAAAGUGGAAUAUUAUAUAAAGAUAUAAUCGAUGGAGAGGAUAUUGCUGUUGAAAAGGGAGACAUCGUUUAUAUUCAUUACCAAGGAAAAACAACAAAUGAUUUUCGAAUAAUUGAAACAACUUUUAAAAGCAUAUUCCCAGUUAAGAUAACUGCUGGAUGCUAUGAUAAAAAACAUAUAAGAGCUAUUUAUGAAAUUGUGAUUGGAAUGAAAAAAAACACAAGAAGACAAUGUAUUAUUCCACCAAACUUAGCAUAUCCUUAUCAUUUUCCUAAUCAACCACUCAUUUAUGAAAUAGAUGUAGUGAAAAUAGUAAAAAAAAAUAUACAAAAAAAAACAUUUCUUCAAAAAAUGAAAGCGAAAAUUGAAAACUUCAAAAUUACUAUAUCUUCAUACUUUUAA